AUGCACCUGCGCGCGGUGCGGGCCCGCAAUCCAUCAUGGCCCAUGUUCACCCCUCCAAGUCGUCUGAUCUGGUGGAUAUGCCUUCUUCUUUCCUGCUGGGUGACGAGCGUGGUCUGCAUGACGGAUGAGGAAACCCGGGGAUUGAGACAAGACACCCUCUCCCUCUUCUACCAUGGCUACGACAACUACAUGCUCCACGCCUUCCCCGAAGAUGAGCUCCGACCCUUGUCCUGCCAACCCCAAACUCGCAAUCGCGACAAUCCCGCCGACAUUGGACUGAACGAUGUGCUGGGCAACUACUCGCUGACCUUGAUCGAUUCCCUGUCCACCCUGGCCAUCCUCGCCUCCGGAAACGACAAGGAGGAAUCCGGGAGGCAACCGUUAAAGGACUUUCAAAAUGCCGUCAAGAGUUUGGUGGAAUUGUACGGAGACGGCACCAAUUCAUCGGCGGGAUGCGGGAAGAGGGCGUGUGCUUUCGAUUUGGACAGCAAGGUGCAGGUCUUUGAGACCAACAUUCGGGGCGUCGGAGGCCUUCUCUCCGCACAUCUGUUCGCUGUCGGCGACCUGCCCAUUCGCGGCUAUAACCCUAGAUUCAACAACAACAACAAGGGAGGCAUCAAGUGGCCCAAUGGCUUCACCUACACCUCCCAACUGCUGAAUCUGGCCCACGACCUCGCCACUCGUCUUCUCCCAGCCUUCAGCACGCAGACGGGCAUUCCCUACCCCCGCGUCAAUCUCCGCACCGGUAUCCCCUUCUACCUCACCACCGAAGGCUUCUGCUUUGCCCACGGCGGCAGCACCACCGCCUCGCAAGGCCAACGAGAAAUCACCGAAAACUGUGCGGCGGGAGCCGGCAGUCUCAUCCUGGAAUUCUCCACCCUCUCCCGUCUGACGGGCGAUCCCCGCUUUGAAAGUCUGGCCAAACGUGCCUUUUGGGCCGUCUGGGAUCGUCGCUCCUCCCUCGACUUGCUCGGAAAUGGAAUCGACGCGGAGAGUGGUGCCUGGACCAAUCCUCCCCUCUCAGGCAUUGGCGCAGGCAUCGACUCCUUUUUUGAAUACUCCCUCAAAUCACACAUCCUCCUCAGCAAUCUCCCCAGCUUGGAUUCCGAAUCCGACCACUUCUUGGAGGUCUGGCAUCAAGCUCACGCUGCCGUCAAACACCACAUCUACCGUUCUCCCACCCAAGCAAAGCAUCCCUUCUACGCCCAGGUCGAUCCUGCAACCGGCGCUCUGAGGUAUACCUGGAUUGACAAUCYCUCCGCCUACUAUCCCGGUCUGCUCACCCUGGCCGGUGAGCUGGAAGAAGCCGUYGAAUCGCACCUCCUCUUCUCCGCGCUGUGGACGAGAUAUGCCGCUCUUCCGGAAAGAUGGAACACGGCGAAUGGCUUCAUCGAUCCUCACUUUCGUCAUUGGGCCGGAAGGCCCGAGUUUGUCGAGAGCACCUUCCACCUCUAUCAAGCCACGAAGGAUCCCUGGUUGCUCCGAGUCGGCGAAAUGGCAUUGCGAGACAUUCGCAGGAGAUGCUGGACCGAAUGCGGCUGGGCGGAUCUCGGAGAUGUCAUGAGUGGAGAGAGACGAGAUCGAAUGGAAAGCUUUUUCCUGGGAGAAACGGCAAAGUACUUCUACCUCCUCUUCAAUCAAGACCAUCCCCUCAACAAAGCAGAUGGCCCCAUCGUCUUCACCACCGAAGGCCAUCCACUCAUCAUCCCACGCAAGAAGCACCCCAACAACGACAGAAAAUACACAAAUCAGGUACCUGAASCAUCCCCUCCUCCCCACGGACCGACAACCUGCCCAGCACCACCGAAACAUCUCCCCCUUACAAUCAGCAACAUUGCUGCCCGCUCCGAUCUCUUCCACGCCGCAGCUCUCGCACAACUCCACACCGUCCCAACAAACCCUUCCCGGAUAUCGACCUCGGAACUCCGUCCUUCAGAUCCCAUUUCAGGCCGUCCAGCGAUAGGAUGGAGCCAUGUUCGUAGUCCCACAAACUACACCUUUUACCCCUGRACCCUUCCCCGAGAUCUCAUCCCGGCAAAUGGCUGGAGUGCCGAGAUUGUCGGAGAUGUCAUCACGACUCUGACCUUUCCCACCACCUCGGAUGGAUCACCACAACUCGGACAAUUCCAGAAGAUUGUCGAGGGCUUGGUGGUGAAUAGUCUCAGCGGCGUUCGACUCACCCUCGUGGAAGAGGAAGGACUAGAUGGGAGAGGAGGCAAGAUGUUGAGAAUUCAAGGCGUCGCGGGAAUCAUGCUUGGCAAGGAGGAGAUGGUUUACAUCACUGCGGAAGCGUUGAGAGGCGUCUUUGGUGGCAAUGGAGAGAAUGAUGAGAGAUUUCGURGAUUGAGGGAUCCGGAAUGGGUGGAUUUGAUUGUGGAUGUGGGAGGGGAGGGUGAUGUGGGGGAGGAGGCGCAGGCUGGAGGUGCAUUCGAUGGCUUGAGGGAACAAAUCGAGUCCAUGUUGGCCUCUUUUCGGAAGGGUGGAAAGGGAGAGGAGGAGGAGGUGCUUGCUUCGGCUCGAGCGGCCAUUUCGGCGGCUCCCAUAGUCUUGGAUCCUCCUGUUGCUUCUCCUUCUUCUUCUUCCCGACAAGGAAAGAGAACCGCCAAGGCCAAGAGAGAGCGAUUCACAAUCUCCGCCCUCCUCCCUGCUGGAAUCGGCGCGGCUCCCUUUCCUGCUGCUUGGGACUCGGAUAUCCCUCUCGGACCCAAACUUCCCCUGUCGAAAAUCUUCUACCUGGAUGAUGAAUUAUGUGAGCAUGUUCUUCCACCUCACAUUGCCCUCAAGUAUGAAGUUCUGGUCAUCAGAAGAGGCGGAUGCAGUUUUCUGGAUAAGCUCCAGCACAUUCCGGUUCUGACCCCGAAAAGCUCCCUCCAGCUCGUCAUCAUUCUCAGCUCGAGGGAGCACGAGAGUGAAGGUAGAGGGUUGUCGAGACCAUUAUUGGAUGCCCGGCAGAAGACUCCGGCGGGAUUGGAUCGGGUCCGAGAGGUGGCAAUGGUUCUGGUGGAGGAUUUUGAAGGGAGGGUUGGAGAUGUACUUGGGAGAGGGAGUUUGGGGAAAGGUGGAUGGGAUGUUGAAGGAAAUUGGUGGGAGGGAGAGGGAGAGGAAGAAGGGGGUGUGGGGGGAAGGCGGAGGUUUUGGUUUGAGACGCUGGGGGGACGAAUUGGGAAUUUAGGAAUGUUUUAG